GAGAGAGAGAGCGAGGAGGAAGCGCGAGAAAGAUGAGGCAGAGACUCCAGUAGCCUACCGACAUGCUUCACACAGAGCGAGCAGGAUGAUUUUCUAUCACGAAUAUGGAUUUAUUGCGAUCUACUAGGUUUCAUUCACUUGCAUGCGCCUUGAUCAUCUAUGGUGCACUAAUCAUAGGGAUAGAUGGUGCAUCUCCACUGAAAGCGAGGUCGGUGGCCCCGGGAACAGACCAGUGUUCCCCCAACCCCUGCUACAACCGGGCCAUCUGUCGUAGCCGUGGUGAUGGUUACUCUUGUUUCUGCGUGCCGGGGUUCCAGGGUGAGCGCUGCCAGAUCGAGGUGAACGAGUGUGUGUCGCAGCCCUGCAGGAACAGAGCCACCUGCGUAGACAGGGUGGGCAGGUACACCUGCCUCUGCAGCCCGGGGUUCACAGGUGCCACCUGUGAGGUCCAGAUUGACGAGUGUCAAUCACAGCCCUGCCUCAAUGGCGGGAGUUGUCAUGACUACGUCAACGGCUUCUCAUGCACCUGCAUGCCCGGUUUCCAGGGCGACCGCUGUGAAAUCGACGUUGAUGAGUGCCAACACCAGCCAUGCCAAAAUGGGGCCCUGUGUAUUGAUAGGGUGAAUGGGUACAGCUGCGACUGCUCCCAGACCACCUUCUCUGGACGACACUGUGAAACUGCUGCACCUCCAUGCACGUCCCAGCCCUGCCUCAACAGUGCCACCUGUCUGGAGGACGAGGGGAACUACAGCUGUGACUGCUGGCCAGGGUUCAAGGGUCGUCAGUGUGAGGUGGAUGUGAGUGAGUGCAGCAGCAGCCCCUGUCUGUACAGGGGCCGGUGUAUAGAGCUGUCCUGGCAGAGCCUGUAUGGUUCAGAGCCUCUGCUUCCAGACCACUACGACCCACAGCAAGCUGCAGGCUUCAUAUGCAGCUGCCCACCAGGAACCACAGGUACCCUUUGUGAGGAGGUAGUGGACGAGUGCGACCCCAGCCCUUGUGAGAACGGGGGUCAGUGUGAGAGCCUUGUGGGGGGCUAUGUGUGCCACUGCUUUCCGCAGAACCAAGAUGAGUUCCUGUACGGGGGACAGAACUGCAGUGAGGCUAUGGUGGGCUGUGAGGGCCACGAGUGUCUAAACCAGGGCUCCUGCUCUCCCUUCCUGAGUGACGGGCAUCAUGGCUACUCCUGCCUCUGCCCCCCGGGCCACACCGGGCCUCUCUGCCAGACCCCCACAGUCUUCUCCUUCGAGCGGAGCGGCUACUUGCUGUUGCAGAGCCCACUGGUGGCCGCGGAGGCCUCAUGCAACAUCACCCUGAGCUUCCGGACAGUGCUGCCCAAGGCCGUGCUCUUCCAGCGGGGCAGUGGAGGGCUGGUCCUGGGUCUGGAGCUGCUGGGGGGCCAGCUGACACUCAGCCUCAGGAGGGAGGCCUCGGCUGGGGGUGGGGUCGAGGGAGAGGCCCUGCAGCUUAGGCAGACCCUGGAGCUCCCCCUUAACGUGACUGAUGGGGAGUGGCACUCUGUGAAGGCCGUGCUGGGGGACGGCCUGCUCAGCCUCAGGCUCCUGGAUGGUGGGGUCUGUCAGGAGCAGGACUGUGAGAGGGAAGCCCGGGUCGAAGGCACCCUGGCUGGGGUGAACUCUCCAGAGUCUCCCCUCCAGAACACUUUCAUCGGCGGGGUGGUGGAGGCAGGCGGGGCCCUGGUCCCGGUCCCGGCCUUCAUUGGCUGUCUGCGGGACGUGUUUGUGGACUCCCAGCUGUUGGUUCCGGAGGAGUGGCUGAGCGACUCGGCAGUGAACGUGACUGCAGGCUGCAGCCACAGGGACAGAUGCCAGGACAACCCCUGUCAGAACAGAGGACAGUGCAUCAACCUGUGGCAGAGCUACCAGUGCCGGUGCCCCCGGCCAUACGAAGGUCACGACUGUGCUGACGAGUACGUGACGGCCCGUUUCGGCAAUGAGGACUCUCAGAGCUAUGCCGUCUUCACCAUCACAGACUACCCAGGAAGUGACAUCACCGUCUCCCUCUUCCUGCGCACACGGCGCCAUGCUGGCCUCUUAUUGGUGCUCGUCAAUAGCACCAGCCAAUACCUGCGCCUGUGGCUGGACGAGGGACGGGUUAGAGUUCAGCUCCAUAACUUUGAGACCUUGACCAGUGAGAGUGCGGUCAACGACGGAGACAUCCACUUUGUGAGCGUGGUGGUUGACCGUGAGCUUAUGGUCCUGUACGUGGCCAACCAGAAGCAAGGCUCGGUGGAGGUCAGGACGGUGGACAGUCAGAUGGGGGAUGUGGUGUAUGUUGGGGGUCUGGUGGAGCAGAAGGCAUCAGCAGCGUUCGGGGGCUACUUUAAAGGCUGUAUCCAGGACCUGAGGAUCAACGGAGAGAGACUGCAGUUCUUCAGGCUGGACACCCCGGUGACGUCAUAUCCUCUGGAGCUCAUGGCUAACGUCACGGCGGGCUGCACUGGGGACGACUCCUGUAGUAGGAACCCGUGUCAGAACGGGGGGAUGUGCUACUCCAUGUGGGACGACUUCACCUGCACCUGCCCCCCCAGCACUGCAGGGCGGCGCUGUGAGGAGGUCAAGUGGUGUGAGCUGUCCCCUUGCCCCGCACAGGCAGAGUGCCACAUCCUCAGCCAGGGAUACGAGUGCUUUUCCAACGCCACUUUCCUUGACGACAGCAGUGUGCUGUCUUACCGCAGUAACGGCCGUAUCCAACGCAGCCUAGCCAGUAUCUCCCUCAGCAUGCGUACCCGUAAACGCCACGCCGCCAUCUUGCACGCCGAGCGUGGGCCAGAGUUUGUGACGGUGUCUGUGCAGGAUGGCCUUCUCUUCCUUGAGCUCCAGAGCGGUGUGGGGGAGGGCUCCUCCACAGUGUCCCUGAGCAGUCGGAGGGGGGUCAGCGACGGGGAGUGGCACAGCGUCCACCUCUUCAUGGUCACCCCCUGGGCAGAGGCCUCCCGCUGGACCCUGGUGCUGGAUGAGGAGGCGGAGGAGGCAGGGACCUCCAGCAGCGAAGGGGGCAACCUGGACUUCCUCAGGGAGGAGGUGGACAUCCUGCUGGGGGGGCUGGGGCCCGAGGCUGGCUGGAGCCUAGUGGGGUGCCUGGGCACCGUGGAGGUAGGGGGCAUCGCGCUGCCUUACUAUAGCCCCUCAGAGGUCAACCUGCCCCGGACUCAGGAGGAGCAGUUCCUGCGAACGUCCCCCAGCCCGCCCAGGGGCGGGUGCAGUGGAGGCCCGGUGUGCCAGCCUAGCCCAUGUGUGAACGGGGGCAGCUGCCAGGACCUCUGGAACCUGUUCAACUGUAGCUGUGAGGAGGGCUGGACCGGACGCCGCUGUGAGCUCAACACAGACACCUGCGCCUCCAACCCCUGUAUCCAUGGCAACUGCAGCGUUCAGGGGCUGGCAUACGAGUGUUCCUGUGAGUUUGGCUACACCGGGAUGAACUGUGAGGAGGAAGUGGAUGUGUGUGAGAACCAUCUAUGUGCUCAUGGAGGGACGUGUCUACAUGGAGUGGACAAGUACGCUUGUCUGUGUGCUGAGAACUACACCGGACCUUACUGCAAUGAUCGUAUUGAGGAAAUUCCAUGGUACAUAGUAGUCAACAGGAAGGUUCGGCCCAAGCUGCCAGUGUCCGUCUGUGGAGAUGAAACCAGAAACUACACCUGCUUCAACGCAGGGAACUGCACCGAGAGAGACCUGUCCUGUGACUGUCUACCCGGCUUCACAGGGCACCGCUGUGAGCAGGAGGUCGAUGAGUGCAAGUCCAACCCCUGCCUGAACGGGGGCUACUGCCGAAACCUCAUCAACAAGUACCACUGUGUGUGUGACAUGAGCUUCGCCGGGGACAAUUGCCAGAUCGACUUGACCUCUAAGGGUCUGACUGCUGACCUGUUGCUGUCAGUCAGUCUGGUGUCAGUGGUGCUGCUACUGGCCCUGGUCAGUACCUCUGUGGGCCUGGUGGUGGCGCUGAACCGUAGGGCCACCCACGGUACCUACAGCCCCAGCCGACAGGAGAAGGAGGGAUCCCGCGUAGAGAUGUGGAACAUAGCCCAGCCGCCGCCAAUGGAGAGACUCAUAUAAAACAUGGCCCAGUUCCAGACCCACCACUCAGCACUGUCCCAACACUGGCUGAAUUUCAAACCGAACACUUGGCCCUUGAGCCCUUUAUCGAGUGAUCGAGUGGUCAAAGUGAUUCAGCCACACUGACUGUCCUGGGCCCAGUUCCAAACCCACCACUCAACACGGUGGAGAGAUUCAUAUAGGAGAUUUGAUCCCAAUGUCAUU